AUGAUAUUUAGAAUUUGUAUUUCAGAUGGAGAUCACUUUGACAUCACCAUCGUGGGCGGCGGCACGGCGGGGUGCGUGCUGGCGAACCGGUUAACUGAGGCCUCGGACUGGAAAGUGCUGCUGAUCGAGGCUGGCGGAGACCCGCCCAUUCUUGGCGUUCUACCCGGGUUAUGGCCAUUCGUCACUCACUCCCCCUGGGACUGGGACUAUUAUUCCGAAGACGACGGUUAUUCCUCACAAGCUCUCAACUUUAAAAAAGUUGCACAAACUCGCGGCAAAAUGCUCGGUGGAUGCUCGUCUAUGGAUCAUCUUAUAUAUGAAAGGGGCUCCAAAACGGACUUCGAGGAUUGGGUUGAAGCUGGAAGCGACGAAGGCUGGCGCUGGGAUAACAUGCUCAAAUACUUCAAGAAGGCUGAAAACAUGCUCGAUGAGGCCCUCCUCCAUGGACCCACAGCUGAGUUUCACUGCAACAAGGGACCGUUAAGCGUCAAGAAUCAGACUGUUAACAGUGUGUUCUUAGAAAAAAAUAAAAUUAUGCUUGAGGCAUACGAGGACAUCGGCAUGAAAACCACAAGGGAUCCUCUGACGUCAAAUGUUUAUGGAACUUACGAAAUACAUUUCAAAAUCACUAAAGAUUCAAAGAGAGCUAGCACUGCUGUGGAGUACUUGAUCCCUAUUAGAAAAAGAAACAAUUUCUAUUUGCUUAAAAACAGUUUAGGUACUAAAAUAUUAUUCAAUGAUAAUAAGGAAGCCAUAGGAGUAAGAGUAAAAACCUCUGAUGAGGAGAUAACUGUUUACGCUGACGUUGAGGUGAUCGUCUCCGCCGGUGCAUUCAACUCCCCGCAACUGCUGAUGGUGUCCGGAAUCGGUCCUAAAGAACACCUGGAGAGUCAUGGCAUAGAAGUCAUAGCAGACCUACCUGUUGGCCAAGGAUUGAGAGAUCAAUUAAUAUUUCCCCUGGUCAUAAGCGGAAAGCAUAAUAUUGCGUCUGCUUUGGACACUGUUUUAUCGUUAACUGAGUUGACUAGCUUUCCAUUACCUUCUGUUGCCGGUUCCUUUAAAGAAAAUCACCAAAACGUUCAACAUUACACCGGAUUCUUUGGUGCCUUAUCACCACUUUUUCUGUAUAUCUUCCUAAUUAACUUUAACUGGAAUAUACCUGUAACAUUAACCUACGUUCUGAGCGAACCUAUUAGAGAGAAAAUGGUGAUUUUAAUAUUCCUGGACAAGCAAAAGUCAACUGGCUCAGUGACGUUACGAAGCCCGGAUAUUGCAGUACCACCGAUCAUUAAGACCGGGUACUUUAGCAAUCCUGAGGAUUUAAAGACAAUAUCGGCAUCAGCGCAGCGACUUGUCCAGAUACAAGAUUCUAAAUAUUUUUCGGAAGCGGGUGGCGGGUUUAUAAGACCUCCCCUGCCGGAAUGUGAUGCGUUGAAAUAUCAAAGUGAAGAGUAUUGGCAGUGCUACGGGAGGGUUCUGUCCACGGCCGGGUUCCAUCCGGCCAGCACCUGCGCGAUGGGCAGAGUGGUCGACGGAAGUCUGAGAGUGAGACACGUGUCGCGGCUCCGCGUGGUGGACGACAGCGCCAUGCCCUCGCUGCCGACCGCCAAGACUGGUGUCGUCACCAUCGCGAUGGCUGAAAGAGCAGCGGAUCUUAUUAAAAAACACCACGGCAAGACGGAAGGCUACAAAUAUUUCCCUUGUGAAUAACAUU